AUGGCCGCGGAACAAGAACCUUCUGAUGGAUUUAAAACAAUAAAUGAUCAGUCGGAUUUUCAUUAUUGGCAGAAUCAAAUGAAAUAUGAUACUCAAUUUAUUCAUUUUAUGACGGAAAUUUACAAGAAACAACAAUUAGACUUACAAGUACGUGAACAAAGAAAUAAAAUCGUGACUCAUCAUACACGUUCUUCAUCCAUUCCUUCUCCCUGUCCACCGCAACAAACAACUCGCCAUCUAUCUCGAUUAAUGGACAAGCCAAUCAUUUCGCCCUUCACUCAACAAAAGCAACAGCUGGUUAAUAUUCAUUCAACAAAAACAUCAUUCGACAAUCAAAAUGCACCAUUACAUAAUAAAACUUCUUCAACACCGCGACGACCACUUGAUGAUAGUAAUUCUCCAGAAAAUCAAGUUCGAAGACAGGUAAAAAAGCCUCGUCCACAUGAACCAACACCAACAAGUUUCUCGACCAAGUUCACAUCAUCAUCAUCAACAGAACGUCAAUUUCGGUUUCCACCGUUUCACCUCAAACAUGCUGUAUCUAAUAAUUUACCAUGUUUUUAUAUUAAUUUUAGUCUUGACAUUGAUACAGCUCAACAGCAGCUUCCAUCAGCGAUGAAGGUCGCCAAUUGGAUUCGACAAGUAGUUCAACAACAAUCAUCACAGUCAAUUGGGGAUUUUUCUCUGUUAAUCCCUGCUGGUAAAAAUAGAUACAAGUUUGGUGUUACAAGAAAAAAAGAUUUUUUAAUGCUAUGGAAUUGUAAUUGGCCAAAUGAUAUGAACAACAUUAAAAUAGAAAUAGAACGUCCACGGGUACUACCGGAUUGUUGUGCUUUAGUAUUACGGUAUGUACCUCCUGAAUUAACAAAUGAAUUUGUAUUUAAAGAAACAGUUAAAUCAAUUAAAUCAACAGUAUCAUUCUCAAAAAUUAAUUAUCAUCGUCCUCGAUCAACUAAUGAUUAUAGAUUUUGUGUUACUGAUGAAAAUGAAUAUGAUGAAAUAAUUAGUAUUGGUCGUUUAGCAAUAGGUCAUAUACUGCUUCCAGUUACUGCUUUUAUAUCAGGUCUCAAAAUGACAUAUUGUACCAACUGCUGGGAAUUAGGUCAUAUUCGUCCACAUUGUAAAGUAAGUCCACGUUGUCGAAAAUGUUUAGAUGCAUGGGAUCGUAAUCAUAAAUGCCAAAAAUCAGUAUUAUGUGCUCAAUGUCAAGGUCCACACUCGUCUCUUAGUAUGGAUUGUCUGGUGGUUAAAGACUAUCGUCGUUCAUUAAAAGAUGAAGUAGAUAAUGCUGUUAAAGGUGGCUGGUUACAUCAGGUGGAAGUAAUUAAGAAAGCUGGUACAGUACAUCGUGCAGAAUUAGAUUUUCCAGCACUACAACAAACAAAUGUAAAACAUGCGGUGUGGGGAGGUGUACCAUCAAGUGAACCUCAAAAUCAUUUUGGAACAAAUCAGUUAAGUGAACUCGUAACACAAAUUAAAUAUGUUUUAGAUAUAACACGUCGAAUGGAAUCCAAAAUUGAUAAUCAAGUUAUGAAAUUGGAUAUAUUAGAUAAAAGAUCGUCAAUUAAUAAACAAGGUAUAAUUGGUUUAGCAAAUAUUAUGCAACAGACCAUCACUGCAAUGUUAGAAAAGAAAAACAAACAACAACUACAAAAAUUGGCACAUCAAAUUGAAGAAUUUAAAGACGACAUUAUAGAGAAGUUUAAUGCAGUCUCCUCUCAACAACAACAAAAUUCAACACCAACAUCUCCAUCUCUCAAUCCAAAUAAAACAACUAAACCAACAACAACAUCAAAUAUUAAAGAAAACAACGUUCAAAUGGAAGAAGAACAAUCAAUGGUAUCAGUAGAUGACUAA